AUGGCAGAGACUGCUGCUGACGGAUCGAAGGCGAGAACUCUGGACGAUGACGCAAAGGAACAACAGCCCCAAUCACAAUCACAACCACAACCACAAUCGCAAUCUCAGCAACAAUCACAGUCCCAAGAACAAGCAGACCACGAAGAAGGAACAUCACCGCGUCGAAGACUAUCCACAUCUAGCACCUCGAGCCGUCCACGCGAAGCCACCGAACUCGACGACAUCGCCACCGCGUCAACGCAAUCGACCGCCUCGUUGUCGUCUGGUGAGUAUCGCAUCACGCCACGGCUGUCUCUGGCGAGCUCAUCGGAUGUGCUGCGCCGUCGGAGACAGGACGGGCCAUUCCAGCCGCUUCGUCGGUUUUGGUCGAGGAAUGUGGCUUUGGUUGUUGAGCAAAAGGGGAAUCGAGACUAUUUCGCUUUAGAACGAACGUUUCUCGCAUACACGCGCACCUCGGCGGCCUUUUCGAUGCAAGGCGUGCUUAUCGCGCAGGUCUUUCGCCUGCAAAGUGCAGUACACACGAGCUUUGAUUUCCGUACCGUUGGCGUUCCGUUGAGUAUUGCGUAUCAAUGCUGCGCUAUUGUUAUUGCCAUGAUGGGCGCGUACCGGUUCUGGAGACAGCAGAAUGCGAUUGCGCGGGGAAAGGUUGUUGUGGGUGGAUGGGAGAUUAAUUCGAUGGGGUUGAUGACUUUACUGGCUGGUUUGGUGUUGCUGGCACUAGCCAUUGCGAUUAUUAUCGAGUUGAGCAAGGCUUGA